CUUCCCACCCAGCUGUCCCACCAACUGAGGCUGGAGAGAUACUCUGGACACGGUGGUUGGUCUUCUCCAAGAGACAACCCCUGAGGAAUGAUCUCCAGGGCAACACUUCCAUGCCCUGUCAGGCGAGGUGCAGCUGAUAAAGCUGGGACCUGGCACAAACAGCAUCCUUAGCCUCUCCGCCUGCUCACAGCUGGCCAAACCAGUCAGUCAGCCUUCUCUCCCCGGGUCCCCACUGGAAGUGCUGGAUGGGGAGUGGAGGAGGAGCUUGGAAGGACGAGAGAAAGUCCUCGAAACAUUACAAUGGCGGCGGAGGUGAGGACUCAGUUGGUUGAACAUCCACUGACAAGUCCUAAGGCUGAGCUGAAACCUGAAAAGUCCGGGCACAGGCCAGAGAGCCACGGGGAUGGUGGGCCACAGAAAGAACCGGUGAUCCCAGGCAUUGUGGAUUUGGAGCUGAUCCAAGAGGUGCUGAAGACCCCCAAACCCAAAACCGCCAGCACCUACCGCUUUGGCCGUCUCAGCCACCACUCCUUCUUCUCCAGGCACCACCCCCACCCCCAGCGUGUGACCCACAUCCAAGAUCUCACUGGGAAGCCCGUCUGUGUCGUGAGGGACGAGUUCUCUCUGACCCCCUUGACUCAGUCCACACUCUUACCCCGCUGUCUGAUGGGGAUGCCCACCAUCUCCGUCCCCAUUGGGGACCCACAUUCUAAUCGGAACCCCCGGCUCUCUUCUCAGGCCUGGAAGAGGGAGUUGAAGGAGCUGGCUUCCCGAGUGGCUGUCUUUACCAAGGAGAAAGAGCUAAAGAACAAAGAGAAGGAAGAGCCCCCAAGGGAGCAAGGAGCAAAGUACUCUGCUGAGACCGGAAGGCUCAUUCCUGCCUCCACCCGAGCUCUCAGUCGCCGCAGCUUCCACCAACGGAGCCACCCUUCCAGCAGAAACAGAGGAGCCCAGGCCUCCCUCCUGCAGGACCAGGAGCUUCUGAUCCUAGAGCUCCUCUGCCAGAUCCUACAGACAGAUUCGCUGAGCGCCAUCCAGUUCUGGCUCCUCUAUGCGCCUCCUCAGGAGAAAGACCUUGCCCUAGGACUCCUGCAGACCGCAGUGGCUCAGCUCCUCCCCCAACCCCUAGAAUCCAUUCCGGCAGAAACACUCUUGGACCAGCUUCAAGAAGUCCAACAGCCACCUCAAGAGAGGCCACAGGCACCCUACAGUCAAUCCCUGAAGAAGUCUCCACCUCUGCCCCAAAGUGAAAAACCAGUGUACAUCGGAAAAGCUCAAGUCCUCAAGGUGCACUCUGGCAAAGAGGAAGAGGAGAAAGCAUCCAAGCCAAAGCAAAGUUAGGUGACUUCGCCUGCUUCGCUCUUGGGUGGCCCCUGAGUUCCAGGAGUGCCUGGCCUGCCACCUCUACUGAGCCCCUGAUCACUUACCACAGAGCCUGCUAAAUAAAGUUGUCCUCUUUCAGAGGGGACAGUCCCACUCCCCUAGC